UAGGGGGACAAAGAAGUGUUCACGUUGGAGGGUUAAGUUCAGAAUCGUUUUAUCACUGGAUUGCAGACCAUGGCUGUGUCAAAUUUCAAAAGUGAGGCUGGACAAAUUUCAUCAAACCAACAUGACAAAACUACAAUCGACGAUGCUCUGGCGCUUGCAAAGUUUGGUGUGUUCAACUACACGCUGAUCAUCAUUGCGGGCACGAUCAUAACCGCUGUAAUGCUUGAGAUUCUCAGUAUCAGCUACGUCAUUACCGUUGCCGAGUGUGACCUGGAGUUGACCACAAGUCAAAAGGGAAUACUUAGUGCCGUUGUGAUUCUUGGAGUCAUCGUGAGCUCUCACCUUUGGGGGUUUCUGGCGGACACCCAAGGUCGACGCGUGGUCAUUGUGUCCACGCUGUUUCUUUCGUUUGCCACUACUGUUGUGUCGAGUUUUACCUCAACUUUUAUGUGGAUGGCAGUGUUUCGCUUCCUGACAGGAUUCUUCAUUUCAGGACCGUCCGCAUCAAUCUACGCAUAUCUCGGCGAGUUUCACAGCAUCAAAACCCGAUCGCGUGCCAUUAUGGGAGCUUCGUUUGUGUUCGGAGCCGGUUGUAUGCUUCUGCCAGGAAUUGCGUACCUCACGAUCAACAACGAGUGGGCGAUCGAAGUUCCGUUUCUGGACAUAAUCUACCGACCCUGGAGGUUGUUCUUUGUUGUUUGCGCUCUGCCAGGGUUGAUUUCCGCGAUCGCACUGUUAAAGUUUCCCGAGAGCCCAAAGUUCAUGGUCAACCAAGGUGAUACUGAUCGAGCGAUCGAGGCUGUUCAAUGGAUCCAUCGUAUCAACUCGUUCAAGAAGGAGCCUGCCCUUCAGAUAAAAUCGAUCGUUACAAACGCAAACACUAAAAGUGCCGGAUCAACGAAAGGAUUCAAAGCGAUCAUGCAGCUGGUUUGGGACCAGACAGCACCGCUCUUCAUGAAGCCAUACCUGGUACGAACGGUUCUGGUUUGUAUCCUUCAGUUUGGGACGUACGUAACUGCCCAUGGAAUGUUCAUGUUCUUCCCGGGCGUAGUGAAUCAAAUCGUGACGGCGCAGAACGCUGGCGUAGACAGCAGUACAGUUUGUGAAAUAGUUCACGCUGACCGGCCGACAUCAGGCAAUGAAACCGUCUUGCUAAACUGCAAGCAAACCUUGGAAGAAACGACCUACAUGUACACUUUCCUUGCGGAUGUGUUUUACAUGUUCGGCGUUGGACUCAUCACGCUGGUCAUCGACACCGUUGGAAGAUUGUCUGUGCUGGUAUUCGUGUUCGCUUUGUGCGGUAUUUCCGGACUGUUGGUAGUACUACUAGCCAUCCCUUCUGUAUCGAUCUGGUUCUACUUGAUACUUGUACUGGCUGGUUUCAACAUCAACGUGAUCAACGCUGCAGCAGUUGAUCUAUUUCCGACUAACCUGAGAGCUAUGGCGGUCAGCAUUUCGCUCAUGUUCGGUCGAAUCGGAAGCGUUUUCGGAACAAAUAUCAACGGACUCUUGCUGGACAGCCACUGCGAAGCUACCUUCUGGAUCGCGAGUAUCAUACUGCUGGUGUGCGGUGUACUCUCCUUCUUCGUUCCGGAUAUCCAUAAGAAGGCGGAAGCUAGCAUAAGUGUAUCACCCUAAUACGGAUUGUUCGGAUACUUUGUUUACUGAUCACGAGAAUAAAACAGUACAAAACUUUG